AUGGGAAUUCAUGACAAGCCUACACUGUCUGCCUGGCCAAGCUAUGUUGUUCCCCAGGGACACCAUGAAGAACUUCAAUGUGACUCUCAUAGUGACUGUUAUAUAUUCAAGCUGUACAAAAAACAUGGAGAUCUUAUCUCUCAAUUCCAUGACAGAAUAUUCCAGAAGAACCUUAACUUGGGCCCUGUGACCCCAGCAUAUUCAGGAGCCUAUAGAUGCUAUAGUUACAAUCAUCAAUGCUCUAAUGAACUCUCAGUACACAGUGACCCUCUGAACAUCAUAGUUUCAGGAAUCUAUAGGAAGCCUUUCCUCUUGGCCCUACCAAAUCCCCUGGUAAAUUCAGAAGAGAAGGUGACCCUGAAGUGUCACUCAGUGAUUAUGUUUGACAACUUCAUUUACUCUGCAAAAAAUAAGAUAAUCAAGGACUCUUUCCAGAUUUCUGUAGAAUCUCAUUUUGGGGGGUCCCAUGCCAACUUGUCAAUAGGUCCUGUGACACCUGACCAUGCUGGGACGUACACAUGCUAUGGUUCUUACAAUCACACACCAUAUGAGUGGUCAGAAUCCAGUGACCCUGUUGACAUAAAGGUCACAGGUAAGAGGAAGAAACAAUCUUGGUCAUCUCUGAUGGGCCCUGUGGUGAUGUCAGGAGAGAACAUGAUCUUGUCCUGCAUCUCUGACCAUCAGUUUGACAUGUUCCAUUUGUCCAGGGGAGGGGUGCCUCAGGGGCAUGGGCUGCCUGCAGUGCAGAGCCACAGUGGGACGUUCAAGGCCAACUUCCUUCUUGGUCCUGUGAUCCAGAAAGGGAACUAUAGAUGCUGUGGCUCUUACAGUAACUCUUCCCGUGUGUGGUCAUCCCCAAGUGACCUCUUGUACCUUCCUGCAACAAGAAAUUGCACUUCUUGCACAGAGCCAGACUCCAAAACUUAUAACCACAGGAUCCUGCAUAUUCUGAUUGGACUGUCAGUGUCCAUGAUCCUUGUCUUCCUCAUCAUCCUCCUUUAUUCUUGUUGCUCCGUCAAAAAGAGUAAGUCUCAGGAACAAGCCAGUGACUCCAUCAUGGACCAAGACUCUGAAGUGAGAACAACACUGAACAUACAGGAUCCUGAAAGACAAGAAGUGCAGGAGGUGACAUACUUAAAAUUUGAGCAGAUGAUCUUCAAACAAAAAUUGACCAUUCCUAAUUCCCAGAUUCCCAAGGAAUUUUCCACAGAUCCCACUGUGUACACAAAAAUCAAGAAAUAA